UGUAAGAAUCAUCUAAGUAAUAAGAAUCAUCUUCUAAAUUAUAAAAACUUUCUUCUUAACAAAACUUCUUUCUCUUCAAACACUUAAACACUUUCUCCAUCUUUAUAAAAAUUUUAAUUCCAACAUUGCUUUCGUUGGCAUGUGUGACUGUAACAACAUUUACUACGUAGGUGGACAAAUAAGAACCUGCGUUCCUGUCUUUGUCUGGAGAUAAAAAUAUGAAACAAAACCUGAAGCAUGCACUUGUGUCUGAGUCGAUGUAAAAGUUGCAUUGGGAUCUGACAGUAGCAUUCAUGGACGGUUCGUUCAGGUUAGUCAAACGUGUUUCACAAAAGAAGAAAAAGACCAGAAGUGUGUAGCUAAUCUUUUCUUUCUUUUUAAUUUUUCUUUUCACAAGUCUAGUUUCCUUUAUUCGUUGCUUCUGAGGAUAAAGAAUUUGCAGAAAAGGAUACUUGUGAAACACGUUACCUAAAACAAUUUUACGUGUCUAUAUAUAUAUAACUGUGUCCACAAAAAUUGAAAGCUGCACUUUGAAACCUACAAACAUCCCGUUUUAGUCUCUCUUACCUGAAACACAAGAAAUGGUUAAGGAUGUCGACGAUAAGGAGUCUCCGCCUGAUAUUGAUCAGAGGCUCUUUUUAAUUGGGUCUUCGUUCGGUAUAAAGUAUGGUUCAUGGCUUAAUGAAAAACCGAGUGAAUCUUCCUCUAAGGGUAAAAACAAGUCGUCUACAAACGGUGGUUCAUCAGCAGCAACUCCCGACACCAGUAAAGUAAGGCGAUCUAAGACGAGCCGAGUGGAGACGAGACCUGACCUUUCGGAUAAACCUAUUCGUGGUUUCGUAAACGAGUCCUUGUUCUUGAAGAACUUCUUGCUGAAGGGAAAGGGAUCCGAAGAGUUCAAGACGCUAGCGAUCGUGGGGAAGUUCGGAGUCGGGAAAACGACCUUGUGUCAGGAUGUGUUCAACGACAAAGACGUGAAAGAAGCUUAUCUCCCGAGGAUAUGGGUGUCCAUGUACAGCGAAGAAACUAAAGAAGGUGAAGGAGAUCAAAAGGUAGCUGUGCUGAAGAGGAUCUUGAGAUCGCUUGGAGUUGAAGAUGAGGCGCUUGACAGCAUCAGAACAGAAGCAGACGAAGAGAAGAGGAAAAACGCUGAAGAACGGAGAAGAGACGAAGAGACGGUUGAAGAGAAGGAGCUCUUUAGGUUACUGAAUGCUCUUAACUCGAAUCUGUUUGGUAAGAAGUAUCUGGUCGUGCUGGACGAUGUCUGGGAGGAUAACGAGUGGAGUCAGAGGCUGGAUGGUGAGGAGACACCACAGGAGAAAACGCAUCUUUCUUGUGGGUUUCCUAAAGGGUCUGGUGGGAGAGUGAUUGUGACAAGCAGAGACGAGGGCCUGGCCAAGAAGAUAGUCGGAGAAGACGAGAACGUGCAGCGUUUGUUCCCGAGGUCAGACGUAGAGAGCGUGUGGGAGAUCUACAAAGAUGCAUUUGGAGAGCCCAUGAAAGAUGAAAAUGGAGAAGUCGUGAAAGAUGCAGCUGGAGUACCAAUGAAAGAUGCCGUUGAAAAACACGUGAUAGGUAAAGAUGGUAGGCCAACAAAAUGGGUAGUGAACCCGAGGUAUCCAGGGAGAUACAAAAAGGAGCUUAUGGAUAAGUCUGGUGGUGUUCCUUGGGCUGCUCAAAUGCUGGCGCAGAUUGAGCCUCUCAAAAAUGAUGAAGACAAGGACAUGUAGACAAACUUGUAAAGCAAGGAUGUAAUCUACUGCGUAUUUACUCUCUAGCCUAAGGACACAUUUCAAGAUUACUACUGUAUUUCAAGUUUUUUUUUUUUUUUCCUAGAAACUGUUGUGUACUUGUAACUCGUAAAAGUGUAAACCUCUGCUGGUAUUUGACAAUAAAAAAAAUGUAAUAAAGAGUUACAACA